AUGCACCGUAUAAUUCGUGCCCUUGAAGUACGUGUUCUCCCACCGUUUCUUGUUUAUGAAGGUGACAAUUGUCAUGCUGAGGGUGAUGUUGGCCACGAUCAUGGUGAUGCUGGCCAUGAUCAUAGUGAUGCUGCCAAUGAUCAUGUUGACGAGGGUGACGACGAGGGUAAUCAUGACAUCCAUAGUGAAGGUGAUCAUGGACACUAUGACCCCCAUAAGCAGAACUGGGUGAUGAUGAGGUUUAAGGGAGUUGCGGUAUUUUCGAAGGUAGAUCUAAGAUCGGGGUACCAUCAGCUGAAGGUGAAAGAGACGGAUGCCCCUAAGACUGCAUUCAGAACCCGAUAUGAACACUUUGAGUUUUUGGUGAUGCCUUUUGGCUUAACAAAUGCUCCGGCUGUGUUUAUGGAUUUGAUGAAUAAGAUAUUCCACGCUUAUCUCGACCAGUUUGUCAUAGUCUUUAUUGAUGAUAUUCUGGUAUAUUCAGGUAACAAGGAGGAGCAUGCUAACCAUCUGAGAAUAGUAUUAUGGACAUUGCGAGAAAAGCAGUUGUACGCCAAGUUCAACAAAUGUGACUUCUGGCUAGAUCAGGUACCAGUUUUAGGGCAUGUAGUUUCUGCAGCUGAAGUUAAACCCGAGAGACAGAGACCCACAAGAUUACUCAACCCGCUCCCAAUACCCGAGUGGAAGUGGGAUCAUGUAAUGAUGAAUUUCUUGUUUGGAUUGCCUAGUACGCCUUUGGGGCAUGAUGGAAUCUGGGUAAUAAUUGACAGGCUAACUAAGACGGCCAAGUUUAUAUCAGUAAGAGUUACCUUUACCUUAGACCAGUUGGCUAAGAUUUUAAAGGAAGUUGGGAUGCACAACCACCAUUGGUCGAGUUUGCGUAUAACAAGCAACAAUUAUUACUCGAGCAUAGGCAUGGCCCCGUACGAAGCAUUGUAUGGCAGACCAUGCAGGACCCUAGUAUGUUGGAAUGAAGUUGGGGAACGAAAACUUUUGGGUCCAAAAUUAGUGCAACAAACAACAGAUACUGUGAAGCUUAUCAGGGAAAACUUGAAGACAGCUCUAGACAGGCAAAAGACUUAUCCUGAUAAGCAGAGGAGAGAUUAG